CCCAGAGAUAUGGCCUACACGAAAACGCUAGUUAGCGUGGACGGAGUAAUUUUGAAGUUAGGUUUUUAAAUUUUAAAUGAUUUUUAAAUAAUUGAAGGCCACGUACCAGUGAAGAACAAUCAAGAUUCUUCCCGUACUAAAAAAACAGUGGAGAUUGGGAGGCUUGGUCUGCGCUUGUGUGGAAGUUAUUCAUAUAUUUGUUGUGCUCCCCUCCUAGAAGUGGGUAUCUGGAUUUCAGGGGAUUAGUACUUCAGUGUUAAUCAUUUUCUUUGCUGGGUUAUUGAGAGAAGUGAGAAGAAAGGGCGCCGUGGAUUGGUUGGUCACCGGCCUUUGGUCAAUGCCCUGCAAAUUUGGGUCACUUACAAUUAUAAGAUCUGGCAAAAUCUCCGCACAUCCAGAGGCUCUUCUAGUUGUUGGGCAUGUUUGAUCUUGAACAUUUAGUCUGCAUUUUCUUUGUCAUUGCCAGUGGGCGAGCACACUUUCUGCAUUAAGUGCGUGCCCGUUGUAAGAUAGUUAGAGAAACUUCAAAGCAAUUUGAGAAUGGGUGCCUGUAAGCUGGGAGCGGAGAAGAAGAUUGUAGAACAGGAGAGCAAUGGAGAUUUAGGGGUGCCCUCCUGCUCAAUGUCCAUUGACAUAAACCUGCCUACCUCGGAAAAGGAAGCCCAAGUCAGAGAUGUGUGUAGAACUCUGAUCAAGAGAUGGAAUUGCUUGCCUGAUAGCCACUUCAAGGUUGAGACAGUGUCUGGUGGGAUUACAAAUCUUUUGGUGAAGGUAUCAGUGAAUAAUGAAGAUGGAGAUGAUCUUCCUGUAACAGUUCGUGUAUUUGGCCCUCAUACAGAAAUUGUGAUUGAUCGUGAGCGGGAAUUGCAGGCAAUAUUCUAUCUUUCUGCUGCUGGAUUUGGUGCAAAGCUCCUUGGCAUCUUUGCAAAUGGCAUGGUGCAAUCUUUUAUUGAUGCUUCUACAAUGACUCCAACAGACAUGAAUAAGCCAAAGCAUGCAGCAGAGAUUGCAAGGCAACUGUGUAAGUUUCAUCAGACAGAAGUUCCUGGUCCUAAGGAUCCACAGCUAUGGCCAGAUAUCUUCAAAUUCCUCAGUAAAGCUUCCAAUCUUCAAUUUGAAGAUAGUGCAAAGCAGGCAAAGUAUGCAUCAGUAGCAUUCAGUGAACUCAGAGAAGAAGCAAAUGCUUUGAAGGCUGUCACAGAUCGUUUAAAUGCUCCUGUGGUGUUUGCACACAAUGAUUUACUGUCAGGAAAUCUGAUGCUAAAUGAGAAGGAAGACAAGCUUUACUUGAUUGAUUUUGAGUAUGGAUCUUACAACUUUCGAGGAUACGACAUCGGAAAUCAUUUUAAUGAAUAUGCUGGAUUUGAAUGUGACUAUAAUUUAUAUCCUGAUAAGGAUUCCCAGUAUCAUUUCUUUCGACAUUAUUUAUCACCGGAUGAUCCUGAAUCGGUGUCGGAAUCUGAGUUGGAAGCAAUUUAUAUUGAGACAAAUUGUUAUGCUCUUGCCUCACAUUUAUACUGGGCAUUCUGGGCAAUAGUUCAGGCUAAGUAUUCUCCAAUAGACUUUGAUUACUUAGGUUACUACUUUCUGCGCUACAAUGAAUACAAAAAGCAAAAGGAUUUGUGCAUAUCUAUUGCACAGCCAUUUCUUUUAAACCUCCAUUGAGGGUCUAUCUUCACGUCAGUGUUCAUCUUUCCUCUUCAUUCCUCUUCAUUUUGAUUCCAUAUGUAUGUUGGAAUUAAGUAUGAGUUAAUACCUCCUUUUGAGGUUAUUCCUUUACAUGCGAUGGACACAACUUUGACUACAGGUCUUUGAUGGCCUUGUAUCAUAUGCUAUUGUAAUUCUUUUUACAAGUGUGAAAAGUUCAAAGUUGUAGAAUUCUUCAGAAUGAUGGUGCAAAAGGCCAUCUUAAAUAUUCAAGUCUUAUAAAUAUUAUGUUUGCUUCAA